AUGAACAGCAACUACAGCAUGACCCUCUCCGGCCCGGCCCCCUGGGGCUUCAGGCUACAGGGAGGGAAGGACUUCAACAUGCCCCUCACCAUCUCCAGGCUGACAGAUGGUGGGAAGGCGGCUAAAGGUGGCAUUGGUAUCGGAGACAUGGUUCUGUCUAUUGACGGCAUCGCCACGGAGGGCAUGAACCACCUGGAGGCCCAGAACAAGAUCAAGAGCUGCACUGGCAACCUCAGCCUCACCCUGCAAAAGGCCUGCAAUGUUCCUAAACCUCCUCCUGUGGCACCAAAGGAUGACAGAUCAGACAUCAUAAAACCAGUGGCCCUCACCCAUCCCCCUUCACCACUCCAUCCCCACGCUCACUCCUCCAGCCCCUCCACCGUCGGCUACAACAAGGCCCCCAGAUCCUACGGGGGCUGUGCAUCAGAGAGCGAAUACCCACCUUUCAUCCCAUCCCCAUCCUCUGCCUUCACUCCUGCCUCCUGCAACACCUCUCCCUUUCCUCCUCCUCCACCUCCUGUCUCUUACCCAUCCUCUUCCUCCUCAUCCUCCCCCCCUGUGCUCGUUGCGCCCCAGCCAUCAGUGUAUAACACACCCAUCAACCUCUACUCCACUGAGAACGCAUGUGAGGUGGCUAUGGGGCAGAGGAGGGGCCUGCUGGAGAGUCAGGGUGGAGCCUUGCCUUUGCAGUUUAAUGGAGUUCCCAGGAAACACAUUGUGGACACAGACAUCCAAUUUUACCAUGUGCCCACUCAUGCUGAUGCCAGCAGGAAGCGCAUAACGGAGGACACAGAGGACUGGCGCCCACGGAGCGGGACAACCCAGUCGAGGUCUUUCAGGAUUCUGGCUCAGAUCACCGGUACCGAGCGUGCUCAAGAAGAGGAAGCUGACGCAGCCAAGAAGACACAUGAUGAAGGAGAGGAGCCAGAACUCAACAGCCAUGAGUCUGCAGUUGUCAAGACCAUGAUAAAAGGACCUGUUGCAAUCCAGGGUCACGGUCCACGGACUGGUUUGAUCACCCCUUCUUUUGGUAUGAAGGGUAAUGGAAGUGCCAUCGUCCCGAGAGGUCCUGUCCCGGCCCGACCUUUACCUCAGCCCCACCCUAAAGAUGAGGACACCCUGGUCCAGAUGGCGGAACACAUCCCUGCUGGGACUCGUACGCCCAUGUGUGGCCACUGCAACAUGGUGAUCAGAGGACCAUUUUUGGUAGCAAUGGGGAGAUCAUGGCAUAAGGAGGAAUUUAACUGUGCCCACUGCCGUACAUCGCUGGCAGAUAUAGGCUUUGUGGAAGAACAGGGAUGUGUCUACUGUGAACACUGCUACGAAGAUUUCUUCGCUCCGACAUGCAGCCGCUGCCAGGCCAAGAUACUGGGGGAGGUGAUAAAUGCCCUCAAACAGACGUGGCAUGUCUACUGCUUUCUGUGUGCUUCCUGUCAGCAGCCAAUCAGAAACAACACUUUCCACCUGGAGGAAGGAGAACCAUACUGUGAACAAGACUUCUACAGUAUGUUUGGGACCUGCUGCCAUGGCUGUGAGUUCCCCAUUGAGGCUGGAGACAAGUUCCUGGAGGCCCUUGGUUACAUCUGGCAUGACACCUGCUUCGUCUGCACUGUGUGCUGCACCACUCUUGAAGGCAAGACUUUCUUCUCGAAGAAAGACAAACCUCUGUGCAAGAAACAUGCUCACACACUGAAAAUAUGAAUCUUGGACUUUUUUCACUACUUGGUAGAUGGGAUGGGAAGGCCUCUUUAUAGUUCAUGCAA